GUGUCUCUGUGUGUGUGCCUGUGUGUGUGUGUGAUUAAAGGGGAUUUAGACGUCAGAAGGCAGCAUUCGCAGAUGGAGAGCAGCUCUCUGAGACAGUGAAACCUCUCAAGCUGGAGUCUGUCAGUGACAUCAUCAGCAGGUGACACCCUUCCCAUGGUGCCCUGCAGCCUCCGGGGUCGCCAUGGGAGACAAGCUGUACCCAGAAUGCCGAGCGCAGGAGCUGUUUGACGAGUAUGUGUCGGCAGAGACCUGCAGGGCGGCGCUGCGGUCCUUCAGCCAGCUGUGUGAACAUCUGCAGCUGGACCGGAGCGCCACGGAGCGCCCGCUGUACCGACCAAUCAAACACCGCCUCAACUACUGGCGGGCCAACGCGCUGUGGGCCAAACUGGACCGCCGCGCGGCGCAGAGGGAGUACCAGAGGGGCGGAGCCUGCAGCAACACCACCUGUGUGAUCGUCGGGGCGGGCCCGUGUGGUCUGCGGACAGCGGUGGAGCUGAGCUUUCUGGGAGCUCGGGUGGUGCUGCUGGAGAAACGAGACUCCUUCUCCCGGAACAACGUGCUCCACCUGUGGCCCUUCACCAUCCACGACCUGCGCGGCCUUGGCGCCAAAAAGUUCUACGGGAAGUUCUGCGCCGGCUCCAUCGACCACAUCAGUAUCCGUCAGCUGCAGCUGGUGCUGCUAAAGGUCGCCUUACUGCUCGGGGUCGAAGUCCAUGUCAACGUGGAGUUCAAGAAGCUGGUGGAGCCGCCAGAAGAUCAGCAACGACGCAAGGUGGGCUGGAGGAUGGAGGUGAGUCCGAAGUCUCAUCCUCUCAAUCAGCUGGAGUUUGAUGUCAUCAUUGGAGCGGACGGACGCAGGAACACGCUGCCAGGUUUCCGGCGUAAGGAGUUCCGAGGGAAACUGGCGAUCGCCGUCACCGCCAACUUCAAGAACCGGAACACGACGGCCGAGGCCAAGGUGGAGGAAAUCAGCGGCGUGGCUUUUAUCUUCAACCAGCGGUUCUUCCAGCAACUACGGCAGGAAACAGGGAUUGAUCUGGAGAACAUCGUUUAUUACAAAGACGACACGCACUACUUUGUGAUGACAGCAAAGAAACAGAGUCUGCUGCAGAAAAGAGUUAUUAAACAGGACUUUGCGGACACGGCGCUGCUUCUCUCCAGAACCAAUGUGGACCAGAAUGCAUUGCAGGUGUACGCCCGCGAGGCCGCCGACUUCUCAACCAAUCAUCAGCUGCCGUCUCUGGACUUCGCGGUGAACCAGCGCGGCCAGCCGGACGUGGCCAUGUUCGACUUCACCUCCAUGUACGCCUCGGAGAACGCCGCCGCGGUGCGCCAGCGCCACGGACACACGCUGCUGGUCACGCUGGUGGGGGACAGCCUGCUGGAGCCCUUCUGGCCGAUGGGAACAGGAAUAGCUCGAGGGUUUCUGGCAGCUUUGGAUUCAGCCUGGAUGAUCAGACGCUGGAGUCAGGGAGCCGCUCCGCUGGACGUCCUGGCAGACAGAGAGAGUCUGUAUCGUCUCCUCCCUCAGACGACUCCUGAGAAUCUCCAGAAGAACUUCAGUCUGUUUACAGUCGACCCGACAACCAGAUACCUGAACACCAAGCUGCUGCUGACCACACCUGACCAGGUGAGACACCUGGUGGACACAGGGGAGGGGGCGGGGCUAAAUGGUGACAUCAUCCGCCUGCCGUCCCCCCACAGCUCUCUCUCUCAGUCCAAUCAGCUGCUGACCUGGUGUCAGGAGCAGACCCGUGGUUACCGUGGCGUUGCCGUUAACGACCUGACGACUUCCUGGAAGAGUGGGCUGGCUCUCUGCGCCCUGAUUCACCGAUACAGACCAGAUCUCAUAGACUUUGACUCUCUGGAUGAGUCCUGUGUGGACUCUAACACUCGCCUGGCGUUGGACGUGUCUGAGCGUUACUUUGGGAUCCGUCCGGUGAUGACGCUGGACGAGAUGUGGUCUGACUCUCUCUCUGUGGUGAUGUACCUCAGCCAGUUCUACCAGCUGCUCAGAGACACAGCACCCCCCAAAGGUGUUCUGAGUCAGAGCUCUGAUCUGAGAUCAGCUGUCAUCACUCCGGCCUCACUGCUCAGCAGACUGAGGGACACAAAGGAUCAGAGAGAUGGUCUGAAGAGGAGGAGGACGAGUCAGCAGUCAUGUGACCUGAACAGUGAUGAUGUCACACCGGUGUUUGACGAGACAUUUGUGGGCGGGUCCAGAGUGCGUCUGAUGGCCAAUCAGCUGCAGGCGAAGCUGCAGGCGAAGCUGCAGGCGAAGCUGGACGAGAGCUCCACUUCCUGCAGGAGUUCUUCUUCUUCUUCUGCUGCUGCAGCUGCUGCAGCUUUACAUCGACAGCAGGGGGAGCUGUUGUCAGACUGUCCAUCGGAUGCAGCUGUGAGUCAGACGCCAUCAUGGACGCCGAGGAAGAGGACUCUCCAACAGGAGCAGCUGAGUUUUCGGUUCAGAGAGAAGAUCAAGUCUCAGACCUCCAUCCCUCAGGAGGAGCAGGGGGCUGUCUGCAGCGCCGUGUGUUUCUUCUGCCAGCAGCGAGUCUAUCUGAUGGAGCGUCUGAGUGCCGAGAGUCUCUUGUUCCAUCGCAGCUGUUUCCAGUGUUCCCAGUGCAGCAGCACGCUGAGACUGGGGGGCUACAGCUACGACCAGCACAGCACACGCCACGGCGAGGAAGAGGUCCAGCACGUCCGACAUCGCCACGGCACACCGACCCGACAUCGCGUCUCUGGGUUCAGCCUCUACGGUCUCGGCUCAGCGCCGGCGCUCUUCAGUGUGUGUGUGUGUCUGUGUGUGUGUGUGCGCGGCUGCGUUGCUGUGUUGGCAGUGGCUUCUGUGAUGGCCGCGCCGCCGGAGACGGUCGAGCCGGAGGACCGUCGCCGCAGCUCGACGAAGGUGGAGGCGGGGCUUCUGGAGGAGGCGGGGCUUAUAGAGGAGGUCGAAGAGGAAACGCUGGACCGGUUCAACCUGAGGGUGGAAGAGAAACACAGAUACAGUUCAGAGUCGGAGAUGGAGGAAGAGAAAGAGGAGAAAGAUGAAGAAGAGAAAGAUGAAGAAGAGGAAGAUGAAGAGCAGGAAGGCCGACAUUGUGUGAGUUCAGAGGAGGCCGGAGCUUCAUGGAGGGAAACUCUGCAGCAAAACCUCCAGCUGAGAGACGACGAAGAGGAAGACGAAGAGGAAGAUGAUGAGGAAGAUGAAGAGGAAGACGAUGAGGAAGACGAUGAGGAAGAGGAUGAUGAAGAGGGAGACAGUGAGGAGGAGUCCAGUUACAGUGAGUCUCAGAGUGUUCUUCUGUUUUCUGAUUACAUUUUAUUUCCAGUAUCAGAUCCUAACAGAAGUUCCUCUAAAGUGCAGCAGAUUAGUAAAAAAAUCGUUCACUUUGGUAUACAAGCAUGAAUUUUGGCACAGAUACUCUCUAAGGGCCACUUUUUUGGAAAAAGGCGUUGGCCACUCAAAAAUUCAAUAUGGCGGCCAU